AUGGCCACCGAACUUACCGUACAAUCGGAGCGCGCUUUCCAAAAGCAACCUCACAUCUUCCUUAACUCUAAGUCGAAGACCAAGUCCAGCAAGGUUGGAAAGGGUGGCCGCAGAUGGUACAAGGACGUUGGAUUGGGAUUCAGAACCCCAAAGACCGCCAUUGAGGGAAGCUACAUUGACAAGAAGUGCCCAUUCACCGGUCUCGUUUCUAUCCGUGGUCGUAUCUUGACCGGAACGGUUGUUUCCACUAAGAUGCACCGUACCCUCAUCAUCCGCAGAGAAUACCUCCACUUCAUCCCAAAAUACGCCAGAUACGAGAAGAGACACAAGAACCUCGCUGCCCACGUUUCCCCAGCUUUCCGUGUUGAGGAGGGUGAUCAAGUCACAGUUGGACAAUGCAGACCAUUGAGCAAGACCGUCCGUUUCAAUGUUCUCCGUGUCCUUCCCCGAACUGGCAAGGCUGUCAAGUCUUUCAGCAAAUUCUAAAUGGGUUCUUUAUCGUACAAGGGGUGCAUGUGGUUUUCGGGAUGUUGAUCAGGAGGGUUGUGAUCAUAUGAAUACUGGAAAAGCAGCAUGAAAAUCAUGUGCAAUAGCUACGGAAAAGUAAAUCAAUGCCACGACGUUCCCGACACAAGACUUUGCGCGAUAUGCAACUUGGUGAUGUGGAUUGAUAUGAUCAAUGAUAUAAUUUCAAAAAAAAAAAACAAGCUUACCCCAGCUUUCACAGUUCCAAAAAUCUUGUUGCUUUUGAUAUUUUCGGUGUAUUUAUAUAUCCACAUACGUUCGCACAUUCUAGGUACGAAGAAGAAAUGGAUUUGGAGUCAAAACAGCAUCAGGAAUAAUGAUGGCCAUACAUCAUCCAAGAGAAUGCGUUUCGAAACGGUGAUCCCCAUGAUUGCGGCUGGAUGUUAGCUCUACAUGCAGCGUCCUUGUACUUGCAUGCCGUGAGUCGUUCAAAUGACCAUGAAUUCCAUGAUUAAUGUAUUGCAAUGGGAAUCGAGGAAUGUUUGCGACGGCACAAGUGACUAUACGCAUCUUCAUACCGUUUCCAUCGACUCGCAGUGGUUCAAAUCUCAAAGUUCCCAUUGCGCCUAAUAAAUAUAUCGAGACGGGUCGUGAGGCUUCAGUAUCCAAUAUUGUAUGCAAUAUUGAUUAGAAAUUUAUUGACAAAGCAUUAACA